AUGACUCUUAACUCCAACGUUGAUUUAAAUGAUUUGGCAGCAAACAACAUGUCGGUAUCCGAAAGAACAAGAAGUGGCAUCAGUGUAUCAAAAGUUGGACGAUAUAAGCGUACAUAUAGUGAUGACCUGUUUGGCAACGCUUCUAUGAAUCCGCCAAAUGCUCACAAAGUCGAUUCACCGAUAUUAAAAUUAGAACGUCCAGCUAAUCGCCCGGUUACCGUCAAUAAACUGUCGAGAGAACAAUCAACAAGAAUGAAAACAGUUAAUAAUGAUCAUCGGCGAAAUAGUAUUCUUUCUCAGUUGGGUAUAAAUCUGGACUUUUCCCAAACAAAUUUCGAACUUCCUUUAACGCCAGAAACAUCUUUACAAAAAGCUCCACGUAGCGCGGUUAGUGUAGUUAAGCUCAAGCGAUUAAAAGAGAAUCCAGCAUCUGCCAAAAAGAACGAUUCAAGACCAAGCAUUAUCGAAACGAUAGAACUAACCGAACCAGCGAAUCGAAUGGAGCUAAGCUUAGUUGAGCCAACCAAGACCGUUCAGAAACAAUCAGACAAACCUAUCUCCGCUGUUAGUGAUACCAAGUUGUUAAAAGGAAAAUUAACAAAAGGCGAUGUAGUGUCAUUUGGAUCAAAUGAACAUGAACAGACAAAACCGUUAAAACCAAUUCGUGAGGACAACAACACUGAAACAGAUGAUAAAUAUCGACCUACAUCAACUGUUAGAGUCGUUAAAUUGAAGAAAAGUAAUUCAUCUUCGGUUGCUCAGAGAAACGGAUCGAAAGAAAUAAGUGGAAUUGCAAAUGUGGGGCUGACAGGAGUAACCGAAAAAAUUCAAAGUGACAAAAGACGAAGGUUGACAUUGACUGAUGUACCAUCAAAAGUGGAAGCGCUACAAAAACCUGUCAAAGGCUUUACUGUGAUCAAACUUCCUCGAGCUGACACCGCGAAACUGCACAAUGUUUCUGUUACAAGUGGCACUGUAGUAACAGAAAAGUCAAAAGGCGAAGAAAAAAACUAA